AUGUCCUAUGAAGAUAAAAGCAAGCUUACAAAGUUCACAGAACGCCCGAGUACCUCAAACUCCAUAAUAAAAAUGUGGGUUCUACUAGAGGGUGAUCUGAAUUCCGAUAAGUUGGAGGCUGACAUAUCCCAAGUCACAGACUUGGCUGAUUCUCAAGAACGAGUUCGAACCGUUAAAAAAUAUAGAAAUAACACUUCUAUUCUACCGGGCACUUGUUUACAAAAUCUGGUAAACGAUACAACGGCUAAGAACCCACUAAUUGUUCGUUACCCGCUCUUAAAAGAAAACGGACAUAAGCCGGGUAAAACUAAAAUACCACACAACACGGGUUCCUUAAAUUUGUUGCGAGAAGCCGUCGUAGAAAAAUUCAAGAAAUUACAAACAGAAAAUUUUUAUUUUUUUAAUGAUGGAACAAAAGAUGAGAUCUGGAACAAUUACCACUUUAAUGACUUAAUAUCUCAAACUGAAUUGAACGGUAAUUAUAAUCUUAAACUAAAAGUCAAAAUUGAGGAUAAAAAAUCUUAUAGUGAUUGGGAAUUAAAAGACGCAUUUAAGGAUAUAUUACAAAAAGAAUACGAUUCUCUAGAAGAUAUUCCAAAUUUUUGCUUGAAUAAUCUUCCCCCACUAGAUCACCCAUUUCCUGAGGUCGAAUUAACAAAUUUUGUUUGGGAACUUAAAAAAGCACUUAUUAAUUACAAUAAUGCAAUAAGUACUAAUGAAAUGACGUGUCGUACAUAUAUCAAUGCCUUCAUAACAACUGCCAAUAAACAUAUAAUACAACACGUAGAUAAGAAAUUAAGAUUAACCAAUGAAAUAGGUCCAGAUGGAAGUUUUGGGCAUGGUCCCACAGAUUACACGGUGAAAAUUGUUGAUAUUUUGGUGUUGAUAUGUGAAGCAAAGUCAGAAAAUAUGAAUAAGGGAUCUGCGAAGUUGAUAGCACAAAUGCACAGCGCAAUAGAACAACAAGUGAGGCGUAAAAAAGAACAACAAUUGGGUAAACGCAAGCGUGAGCAAAUGGAACCAAUAGUAUUUGGAAUCGUUACGACUGGAAAGUUGUGGCGUUUUUUCCGUUGGGAAGGAUCAUCGGAAAGUCGGCAGGUUCAAAUUACUGAAGAAUUUACUUGCAAUUUUAUUGAUACUAUGGAACCCGAAAAAAUGUUGAAUAGUUUGCCACUAAUGCUUCUAUUUACAAUUACGGAUGAAACACAAGAAAUGACAUGGGAGGAUAGAAUGAUGGGAGCUGAUAUCCAAACAAUUAAUAGGUCUUUAGUUACUAUAGCUACUUUGUAUGUAGUAAAUCCUGAAGAAGAACAAGAUGAUAAAGGUGGUGGUUGA